CUCCGCAGACGUCACAAAACACAUGUUGGGUUUUAUUUUGAUAGUCUGAAUUUCUUGCGGCAUUACUUGGAGGAUAAGGAGGGAUACCACCCUACUCGCUGGAACACUGGAUCAAUAAGGGGGACUAUGCAAGAGGGUGUGGUGUGGUGCAUUGCUUUGUACCGAAGAUGGGACGAGAGAGUGUUCAACUCCAGACUGUUAAAUAGUAUUCAUUAUAGUUGGAAGUUAAAAGUGUAUUAAAAUAUAAUCGCACUUUAAAAUAUGGAUAAAUUGGAUGCCUGCGAUCCCUACAGCCGACCAGCCCGAAGAACACAGUGGAUUGUCAGCACGUUGGCUUACCAUUACGGUUUAGACCGCGGAGUGGAAAACGAAAUUAUAGUUCUGGCCACCGGUUUGGACCAGUACUUGCAAGAGAUCUUUCAUCAUCUGGACUGUCUGGGUGAAGGCAAGGUCUCGGCUGAAGAUUUUAAAAUCCUCUGUGAGGUUUUGGGGCUGAACAGUGAUCUGGAGGAAUGGGCUGGUGUUUUGGAUGACAUACCAGAUGAAAUUACAUUCAGGCAGUUUCACGCUAAACUCUGCGGCUAUUUCAGUACGAAAGCUGGGUGCCAGUAUGAAAACGGCAGGCUGCUGGUGGGCAAAGAGAGCGAGCACAUCGAGACCCAGAUCCGACUCAGAAGCCCUCUAAGGCGGAGGACAAAAUCGCUCUCUGUCGGAGAAAGAGGGAGAGGGAGCAGGGGGUCCUCCCCAGCCUCAGAGCGGCAUGCAUCGGAUUGCAGGAAGCCGGGGUCUUGUAGUUGUACCAGGGAAUGCUACGAGGAGAUUGUAGCUCUGGAAGAGGCUGAAGACAGGAUUGUAAAACUUGAAGAUGAGAAUGCAAGUCUAAGGGAGCUUGUAGAGGACAUGCGAGCUGCUCUACAGAGCAGUGAUGCCCGAUCCUUAGCCCUUGAGGUGGGGUUGUGGAAGAGCCACGCUAACCAUGGCGCUGAAGAAGGCUGUUUCAUAGCGAGCAGGAGGCGACUGAACCACAAAACAAGCACCCAGAGCAACAUCAAGUGCUUGCAGAGUUUCCUGGAGGAGAUCGAGCUGAUCCGCAGCUCCAGGGAUGGGCAGAUCGAAGAGGCCAUGAGGUUCAACCAGGAACUGGAGAAGGAGCUGAGGAGGUCGCAGGAGGCUCUGUUCCUUUUAGAGGACUGCAACAGAAACCUCAAGAGGGAGCAGGCAGAUAUGAGGAAGAAAGUGGAAGAUGCCAGACAGGCAGUGCACAGCAGCCUGGGAAAAGUCAAGGAACUGGAGGCCAAAGCCAACCACGUGCCACUGCUGCAGAGGCAUGUUCAUCAACUGGAGUCCGAACUCAACUAUUACAGGUCGGAGGUUAUCCAGCUUCAGCUCCCUCCAUGCAACCCCUUGGAGCAGAAGAGUGGUGCUGCCGCCCUGCAGGAUAGGAGGUCCCCCACCGGCCGUGCAGAGAUAGCGCCUGACAACAUGGAAGAGCAGCUGUUCCGCUCUGUGGAGGGCCAGGCUGCCUCAGACGAGGAGGAGGAGAAGUGGACGGGAGAGCAGCAAUCCCAGGUGGACGAGGUCAAGAGGAUCCUCACCAGGCUGUCCUGCUGUAGGGAUGGAUGCGAUGAUAAAACCAUGAAGAAGCUGUUGUCACAUUUCGGAGGUGCUAAGAAUGAAGAGAGCAGGAGUGCAGUCAUGGAGCUCUUGGACAAAGUUACAAAGUUGACAAAGCAACUUGAGCUGAAAGAGAGCGAGGCCAAGAAAAUGGAGAUGGACAUGGACCAGGUGAAGGACUCUUUGCUGCUGGAGCUGCAGCAGAAGGCCGAGGAGACAGAGCUGCUUCAGAUGGAGCUGCAGAUGCUGGAGACGGAGAGAGUGCGUCUGUCACUGGUGGAGGAGAAGCUCAUGGAUGUGCUUCAGCUCCUGCAACAGCUUAGGGAUCUGAAUGUUUCGCGGAGAUCUUUGGGGAAGAUAUUGUUGAGUACUUUGGAAUCUUGCAGUGACCCACAGCAUGGAAAGGCUCACAUUUUGGAGGUUCUCAAUGCCCUGUACCAUGAACUAGCAGCUUGUGAGCUGUUAACCAGCCCUCCUUUGGAAAGGACUCCAAGUCAUCAGUCCUUGUCAAAUCCACUUCUCAUCUCAUGUUGACAUGGAGCGCCACCUGCUGGUCUGCAAGCAUAUUCUCUGCAAGCACUUUGAAGACCUUGAAACCAAGAAACACUGACCCCAUUGGUGCCUGAGUUCAGAAUUGUAUUUUAUACCAGUACUUCAAUAAAAGUCAGCCUACUGAUAACAUAACGACAGGACUGAGGGCCUCGCUAUCUUGUCUGCUCAAAGGUUGUGUCAAAUUACAUUUUGGUACACACUUUGCAACCUGAAACUAAUGCAGGUGUGAUUUUGUAUCUCUUCAGAAAUGCUUCAGUGCAUGCAACACAAGAGCGCUGCAUUAGCUGUUUGGAAAACAAUUGUAAAUAAUAUUGUAUGCACCUUAUUAACGCCCUAUUAGCUGAGAAGAGCGUGUGGGUUCAUGUAUUUUUUUUCUAUUUUCUACUCUAACCUUUAAGGUGUAAUUAUUACCUUUGUAACAAGCGGUCUCAGUAGAAAACACUAGGAAUUACUUUCAGCUUAUAGGGGAGUGUAAGAUCCAACUUUUUUUACCAUCCAUAUUUAGAAGUAGUAAUACUUCAAUAUCUUUGCUGUCUCUGUGAAACACUAAAAUAGAUCCGCUUGUGUAGCACUAAACUGUUAUUAGUAUUUAAAAAAAAAAAUGUAAUCUCUGAAUAUGCUGUCACAGGAAAUCUAUAAAAGAUCACCUUUAUUAAUAUGUGAUAUUACCUGCAUAGAUUAUUUUAAGAGUAGCAAGCUACCAAAUAGUAACCCUUUUUAAACUUCAGUUGAUAUUUCUUUCAGCUGCAAAUUUAUUUAGGCAACUUUUACAUAAUUAUAUAAUUGGUUCAUCGUAUAAUAAUUAAAAGAUGCAAAUUCAGCGGUUGAACACAGGUUAAUUUGUGCACUUCGGUCCAUGUCACAAACAGCAUGGAAUUAAAAUGUAAUCUUUAUGAAAAAUAAAGAAAUAAAUCUGAUCCAAUCUGAUUCUAGAUCCAACUGUAUAUUCAAUAUUUUCUCAAUUUAGAAAAUCUGUACAUAUACUAGACCUAAUUACGAUAAAUACUGUAUUACACACAAAUAAGCUGUGCUGAUUGAUAUAGCCUCUGUUCAGACAUAAUGCACUUGUUUACCUAUCUGAAGAAGUAAAUGCAGUUUUAGAACUGCUCAAAUGUCUACUAGAUGGGGCUUUUAAAUAAAGAAUUGCAUAUUAACUGCAUUAGCAUGAAAGUAGUUCUUCAAUAAAGUUUGUAACUGUUUAAGUUGA